UGGGAUUUGUUUACAUCUUAUUUAAUUAUUUAAUUAUUGUGUUUUUAGUUUAAAAUGUGUGAAGCCAUCAAAAUUCUUCAAUCACUGCCUGAAUUAACUCGUAAAAGGAAUGAGCUUCAAAACCAAUACAACAAUAUAACGAAGGACUGUUACUCAUUGCUUUGCGAUUAUCUCGGGAUAGAGAAUGAUGGAGAAAAUCCUGAACAGAAAAUUGAAAAUGAAAUUGAAAAAUACAAAGAGCUGACAGCCGCUACAAAAGCUGAGAUUGUAAAAAUAGAGAAAGAGAAAGUCAAAGCUAAAGCGAAAUUUCUUGCCACGAAAGAAAAAUCGGCCGAGUUUGAAAGAUUGGCCGCGAAUACUGAAGGUGCAAUUGAUGCUCAAUCAAAAUUAAAUUUUAAAGAGUUCAGUAGACGAAUGGCAGCGAAUUAUAGAACUGGUGAAGACAGCAAAGCUUAUUUAGUAUGUUUCAAAAUUGGUGAAACAGCAAAAGGAACAAGAAGCAUCAAGAUUGACGAUCCAACUAAAACUAAAGAACAGAAGAUGGCCGAAUUUUGGAAAUUGUUUGAAUACAUCGAUAAACAAAAUACAAAUGUUAAGAUAAUACCUAACUAAUUAAUAAAUAAAUAUCAGAUGAUACUAAUUUA